AUGUUCGAUGGAGACGUGGUGCCGCAGAAAAUGGUGGACGGAUGGAACGCCUUCUUCUGUGACGACCUGCUCCACCUGCGGCAGCGCCUGCAGCCGGGGAACAGUGAGUCCGUGGGGCAGCUGUGGCUCGGUCUGCUCCGGUUCUACACCGAGGAGUUCGACUUCAAAGAAAACGUCAUCAGCAUCAGACAAAAGAAACCUCUCACUACCUUCGAGAAGCAGUGGACCAGCAAGUGCAUCGCUAUAGAGGAUCCGUUCGACCUGAACCACAACCUCGGAGCCGGAGUUUCUCGCAAAAUGACAAACUUCAUCAUGAAAGCGUUCAUAAACGGCAGGAAGUUGUUCGGAACGCCGUUCUUCCCUCCGCUGGGAUCUGAAGUGGAUUACUUCUUUGACUCCAAAGUUCUGACGGACGGAGAGCUGGCGCCAAACGACCGCUGCUGCAGAAUCUGCGGCAAAAUCGGUCACUACAUGAAGGACUGUCCCAAGAGACGCCGGGUGAAGAGAAAAGACGGCGAGUUUGUGGACGACUCACGAGAUGAAGAGCGACGCUGCUUUCAGUGCGGAGACACGAGACACGUGAGGAGAGACUGCCCCCAAUAUAAGCUCCUGAAGAGGACCACGCCUCCAGGAGGAGGACACCCGGCCCAGAGGAGUCACCCGCAAAACCCCCUGAACCCAGACGGACGGACUAGACACAACUCUGAGUCUUCGGACAGUCGUCAGGCCCCGCCCCCUCUGGCUCUAAGCUCCUCCCCUCAGUCGUUCAAAUCCCCGCCCCUCCAGCAGGUGUCGCUGUUGGGUUUCCCUCCGCAGUGGAACGACCCGAGUAUCAUCUACGCACAAGCUAAAGCAGACGCUGGACAGCUGCGUGGUCCGGCCGCUCGUCUCUGGGAGCAUCACAAACACUUCGCUCCCUCCUGGAGAUACCCGCUCCCUCAUGGCUUCCACGGCACCGCAGGCUUCCACCAGCAAGGCUCAGUGCUGCCCCCUGCUGCCCUCCUGCCGCUGGUGCAUCGACCGCUGAGUUUCCUGCAGCAGAAGAACACUCACAAGCCGCAUCAGCACCUUCAGUCACACAAGUUGUUUGCCUCCGAAUGCUGUCCUCCUGCUGUCUCCUCCUCCUCCUGCUGCUGUCUCCUCCUCCUGCUGCUGUCUCCUCCUCCUGCUGCUGUCUCCUCCUCCUGCUGCUGUCUCCUCCUCCUCCUGCUGCUGUCUCCUCCUCCUCCUGCUGUCUCCUCCUCCUCCUGCUGUCUCCUCCUCCUCCUCCUGCUGGCUGACGCUAAUGGGGCUGACGCUAAUGGGACUGACGCUAAUAGGGCUGACGCUAAUGGGACUGACGCUAAUGGGACUGACGCUAAUGGGACUGACGCUAAUGGGACUGACGCUAAUGGGGCUGACGCUAAUGGGGCUGACGCUAAUGGGGCUGACGCUAAUGGGACUGACGCUUAUGGGACUGACGCUAAUGGGACUGACGCUAAUGGGACUGACGCUUAUGGGGCUGACGCUAAUGGGGCUGACGCUAAUGGGGCUGACGCUAAUGGGGCUGACGCUAAUGGGACUGACGCUUAUGGGACUGACGCUUAUGGGACUGACGCUAAUGGAACUGACGCUAAUGGGACUGACGCUAAUGGGACUGACGCUAAUGGGACUGACGCUAAUGGGGCUGACGCUAAUGGGACUGACGCCCAUGGGACUCACGCCCGGGAGGCGAAUCUGAGCGACCUGAAGAAGGAAAACUUCAGCCUCAAACUGAGGAUUUACUACAUGGAGGAGAAAAACCAGGACCCGGACCUGGACCUGCACCGAGAGAACGUGGAGCUGAAGGUCCAGCUGCAAGGUCUGAUCAGAGAGCUGCAGGAGAAAGAUGAACAGCUGCAGGAGAAAGAUGAACAGCUGCAAGGUCUGAUCAGAGAGCUGCAGGAGAAAGACGAACAGCUGCAAGGUCUUAUCACAGAGCUGCAGGAGAAAGACGAACAGCUGCAAGGUCUGAGCACAGAGCUGCAGGAGAAAGACGAACAGCUGCAGGGUCUUAUCACAGAGCUGCAGGAGAAAGACGAACAGCUGCAAGGUCUUAUCACAGAGCUGCAGGAGAAAGACGAACAGCUGCAAGGUCUUAUCACAGAGCUGCAGGAGAAAGACGAACAGCUGCAAGGUCUGAGCACAGGGCUGCAGGAGAAAUACGAAGAGCUGGGACGGACUCUUCCUCUUGUCAAGAUCUUGGCCAAUCAGAGCACAAAGGAGAAUAAGCAACAAGAUGCAGUGACCAAUCAGCUUCAAGAAGGUCUGGAGUCCCGCCUCCUGCAGGAGGAGGUGGCAAAGGAGGAGGUGACGGAGGAGGAGAUGACGGAGGAGGUGACGGAGGAGUUCCUUCAGCAGCUGCUUCAGGCUCAGACUCAGGUCCAAACUCUGCAGAACAAGAUCAGGAUCAGCGAGGACCGAAACCGGCUGCUGCUGAAGCGUCUCGGGGAGAUGGAAGUCGAGGUGAGAACAGUGCGACAAGAGGUUCAAGUCUCACUGUACUGCAGAGAACCAGAGGACAGAGUGUUGAAGGAGCCUUCGUUGUUGCAGCAGAAAACAAUUUUGGAUCAAGAACUUUAUGAAGUCAAGACUGAAGCUCAGAAGACUGGAAAAGCCCUUUUGGACCUGAGGGCCCAGAACCAGGAACUGCGACAGGAAGUGAUGUCACAGCAUCAAGAGACCUUUGAUCACAGAAGAGGUGGCGCUGUGCUGGAUAUGGGAUAUGAGACGUGUGACAGAAGUGAGACUGAAGCCGAGAGAGACAUCAGCAGCCCAGAGUUUGAUGAUCUGGAGAUGUGUUUGUCUCUGGAUCACAGUGCAGACCUGUGGAGGUCUCAGAACCAGGGAUCAGACCAAGACCAGGUUCAAGUGAAGGACCAGGACAAAGACCAGGACCUGAGCCACAGAUCUGCACACGGACAGGUUCUGGAGCUGCAGCUGCUGGUCAAACAUCUCCAGUCCGAGCUGAACCGGUCCAAAGUCCAGGACCCAGAGCUCACAGACCUGCUGGACCGCGUGGAGACCCUCGAAAACCAGAUCAAGAGUGAAGCCAGGACCGAAAACCAAGAUGAGAGCAGAACUGGACACCUGGUUCAUCUUCAGGCGAGGGAACUCUCUCACCUCCGUCAGGUCCUGAGAGAAUCCCGGAGUCUGGUCCAAAUCCUGCUGCAGAGCCUGACUGAGCAGCUGCAGGGUUUGGCGGACCUGCAGGCGUCCGGAGGAGAGCACGGUCGGACUGAACAGCUGCAGGAGAUCCACCAACUCACACAGCGUCUGUACAAGAAGAUCAGCCUCAAGCAGCUGCCAGAGGAACCGGAGGAUAAGAGCGAGCUGCUGGCCAUGAGGCUGAGUAAAGAGCUACACCAGAAGGACCGUCUCAUCCAAUCACUACGCUCCGAACUGCAGCAGGACAACCCCACCGACUCCGACCAAUCAGAGUGCAGCUCCUACAUGAGUGAAGAGCUGUCCUCCAAUCAGGACACAGAUUUGUACUCCGAUCUGAGAAUGGACCAAUCGCAGAGCAGCAGCCAAUCGGAGGGCUCCAAACGCACAGAGUUCGGCUCCAUGUUUUCAGCUGCUCCUCCAUCGGCACAGAGCUUUCCCAUGAUGCACCGCUCUGGACACGCCCCCUGGUCAGGACACACCCCCUCAGGGGUUUCGUCCCUCGGCUUCAGUCUGGACUCCGCCCUCAGACCCGGACUUCCUCACCCCAGUGCAUUUUGGGAAACGGCCUCCAGCCUGAGUGGAUCGUGUCCGAUGCCCUCUCAUAAUGAUUUACUGCUCGAAACACAACGUCUGAGAGAAGUGUUCCUAUUGGUCCAAACCCAGCUGAAGGAGGCGGAGCUAAAGUCACAUCAGUGGGCCGAGCUGUGCCGCCGCAGCCAAUCAGAGGUCUGCGCUCAGAGACAGGAAGUGAUACGGCUGCAAGAAGAAGUGAGGGAGCACAAAGAGAUACAGCGACACCUGCAGGCCACACACAGACCUCAAGGAUCCCUCAGACCAGACCAGAGACCAGAGUCUGAGGGACUGGAGCCGGACCCUGCUCUUCCAACAGAAGAGAAGAGGCAGAACGAGCAGGUGAAAAAACAUGGGACCAAACACUUACGAAGACCUGAGCCUGGCCUAGACCCAGACCCGGACAUGAGCCUGGCCCUGAUGCUGACCCAGAACCAGACCCAGACCCAGACCCAGACCUAG